CUUUCUUGCGUGUUGCGUAUUGCACCUCAGAAGAGCAUGGACCUACCCCGAAUGUCAAAAGUUUUACGCUUAGCAAGGAAAAGUCAUGGAAUGCUUGAAUUGCUAUUGUAUGAGAGUGCAGGGAAGAACUGCAGGAGAUUUUCAGUCAGCUCAGUGUCACAACAAUAUGAACGGAGUUUAGAUGAUCUACUCAACUUUGGAAGUAAUGACAGGAGAAGAAGAUAUGAUAAACAGACUUCGCAUAGAGGACAACAGGAAGGAGGAAGAGGGUGGAAUUCUUUCAACAGGAGAUCAGUAGACUUCCAAGAGAUGGAAAAAAACUUUUACCUAGAACAUGCUGAUGUGAAAAACAUACCACAGGAAGAAAUUGAAGCAUUUUACAAGGAACACAAAGUAAAAGUGUUUGGUGAUGUUCCUAGACCUGUGUUUGAUAUGGAGCAUGUCAACUUUCCAGAUGAAAUUAAAGAUCUUCUGGCCAAGCAGGGUAUCUGUAAACCUACCCCCAUUCAGUCCCUGAUGUGGCCUGUGGCCCUGUCAGGGCUGGACAGCGUGGGCAUUGCACAGACCGGAUCAGGGAAAACCCUUGGGUACAUGCUACCAGCUAUUGUACAUUCAAUGAACCAGGGGCCCAGGAGACAUGAGCAUCGGAAGCAUCCCAGGACGUUAGUUAUUGCACCAACAAGGGAGCUAACCAAGCAGAUUUCGACUGUCUCGUGGCCAUUCUGCAAAUUGUACAGAAUGAGGACUUUGUGUUUGUAUGGUGGCGCUUCGAAGUCCAUUCAAGAACAAGACCUCUUGCGUGGACAGGACAUUGUUGUGGCUACACCAGGCCGACUGUUGGACUUGCUGAACAAUUACAGCACCCUCCUAGAUGAGGUUUCGUACUUGGUGCUCGACGAAGCAGACAGAAUGCUAGACAUGGGCUUCGAACCUCAAAUCAAAAGCAUCAUGAACUUCUUGAAUCCAUAUAGACAAACAACAAUGUGGAGUGCUACCUGGCCCAGGGAGGUGGAGAAUUUGGCCUUAGGUUACAUGAGUAAUAAUGUUCAGGUUCAAUUAGGGAGCCAUGAAUUGACCGUUAAUCAGAAUAUUGAGCAGAAGAUUGUACCUGUGGAAGAUGAAAGAGAUAAACUCUUCAAAUUUGUAGAAGAAAUGAAACCAGUACUAAAUGAUCCCUCCAACAAAGUGCUGAUAUUCACCAACACCAAAGUAAAGGCAUCAGACUUGGCCUACAAAUUAAAAGGAGCCCUCAGAAAAGGCAUAACUGCUAUUCAUGGAGACAUCAGCCAGAUGAACAGAGAGAGAGCCCUGAGAGAUUUCAGCAAGGGGAAUGUACCCAUUCUUGUUGCAACAGAUGUUGCUGCCAGAGGAAUAGAUGUAAGUGACAUAACACAUGUGGUGAACUUUGAUUUCCCAAAAGACCUGACAGAUUACAUCCACAGAGUUGGACGAACAGGACGGGCAGGCAAGAAAGGCAAUGCUCUCUCCUUUAUAUCCCUGCAAGAGGAUGGAAAAGUCUGUGAGAGGCUGGUUGAACUACUCAGGGAAAGCAAUCAAGAAAUUCCUGAUGACCUUUUAAAAGCCUCCAUGAGGAAAUCAUACUUUGGUUCCUCUGGUUCAUAUCGAAAGUUUGGUUCCGGAGGCAGAAAGUUCAGAGACCCAUAUAACAAUGAAAAUUAUGGAGGUCGAAAAUUCAGAUCAAGAGACAACUUUAAGAAUGAAGAUUACGGAGACAAAAAGUUUAGAUCAAGAGACAACUUUAACAAUGAAGAUUACGGAGACAAAAAGUUUAGAUCAAGAGACACAUUUAACAGUGAAGAUUAUGGAGAACGAAAGUUUAGAUCAAGAGACACAUUUGACAAUGAAGACAAUGGAGAAAAGAGUUAUAAAAAACGACACCACAAUUAUUUCCAAGGUGACUCUGAAGAUGCUUCAUAUUAGACUCACCACGACGUACGCAUGGAAUUGGCAGUCAACAAACAUACAUGACAUAGCAUCAUUAUACAAAAUCUAGCUGUAUUGUUACUAAAGACCAUGAUAGUUCAUCAACACUUCGCUGAUGUGCUGAAUUGAAUGGGUCUCAGUGACAUAUGCUGGAGGCAUUGUCAGUUCCUGUGUCUAAGCUGAGCUGCUACAGCAAACAGCUGUAUGCCGUUUAGGAGCAUGCCCAAAGAAGCAUGCUAAAGGACAGCAGAGAUAACAAUAAUACAUGUAUCAGUUUUGAUUUACAUGUAAAAAUGUAAUGCAUGUACAUGUAUGUACAGUAUACAGGGAAAUAUUUGCCCCCGUUUUAUUUUCACUCCUUUCGCCCUUGUUGUCAGCGGGUGAAUUUAAGACUGGACAAAUUCAAAUGUCUCAAAUAAUCUCUUUUAUACACAAAUAUGUCUGGAUAAAUUCAAGAUGGGGCAAAACCGUUUGCAAGUGAGAAAGGACAAAAAAAUCAUGGGGCAAAGAUACCCUGUAUACAGUCAUUCAACAGCUUAAUUAAAAAUUUUAACAUUUA